GAAGGCACACCCGAGUCUAGCCCGAUUGCGCAGUCAUCACCGACGGCGACCUUGCUCAUCCACGGCGUGGACGCAAGACGCUUGCUAAGUAGAACAGCAUAAGCGAUCAUUGGGAGGUUUUUGUAACGCCCACAAGGAGGAAUCGUAUAAAAAACGUACCUUGAAAGGUUAUCUGUACAUCAGAUUGCCGUCCAUCGUCUCCUUUAUACCUUGAGCCCUACCACCGAACAUGACGAAGCAGACUAUCAUCUGUGAGGAGGCUGUUCCUGCGCUGCCUGUCUUCGCGCACGCGACGAUCAGCGGUAAGACUAUGUACGUCUCCGGGAGCAUUGGCUGCGACAAAGAGUACAAGCUCCAGGGCGACAUCAAGGGCCAGACGAAAGCGGCCCUGGAGAACAUGUCGAAGGUCCUGAAGUCUGCGGGAACUGAUUUAAACAACAUCGUCAAGGUCAACAUCUUCUUGACGAACCUGAAGGAGGACUUUGCACCUAUGAACGAGGUAUACUCCGAGUUCUUCCCAAAGCACCCUCACUCGCGCACCUGCGUCGGCGUCGCUGUCCUGCCUCUAGGCGCAGCCGUCGAGAUCGAGUGCAUUGCUGAGCUGCCUUGAAGAGUGUCCAUGCGAUGCUGACCAGUCACAACGGACGUGAGAAUGACAACGGUUGUAGCCAUCUAGUAGCUGCGUCCGACGAAUGUAAAAACGACAAUGUAGUAAAUGCAAAGAAUAGCAGCCGGUGUUCUCGCUGAUCGUGGCACAAAGCGAGCCACGCGUAUGUUUGUACAUAGUCGUAAGCUUUCGCCCGUAGGAUCGUUUACUAUGACACGACGCUUGUCGAGUGAUUUGAGUCUCCAGAAA